AUGACUGACGACUAUGCACCUUCACCUUCACCUGCCCCUCAGUCUUCAUCUAAGUUUUCUGAAGCGGAUGCUCUUGACAAUGUCGUAUAUUACUUUGGUUUAACGUCACCACCAACUAUCUUAUCUUCGUUCUGCGACCGUCAACCGUCUCUUAAUUCUAUCAACAUCACUUGUUCGAAUACUAUUGGUCCAGAUAAUGAGUGGCACAUCAUUGAAAUAACCAUGGCGAGUGCAUCUUUAGAUGGAUUUAUCCAUCCAGAUAUCACUAAGCUUACAUACCUACAGACACUAGACCUAUCAAGCAAUCAGUUGAUCGGGACUAUACCUUUGAGCUUGGGGAAUUUGAAGAACCUAACUGAACUGUAA